AAAUGCAAUUUUAAUCACUUUUCAACAAUGAUAAAAAAAAACCGUUGGUAGUUUAAGCUGCGUUUAAUAAUUGUUAUUUUUCACAUUGAUCAGCUGAGCGAGCAGCUGUUUGGCAAAAAUCAGCUGAGCAUUUUAAGGAAUUGAUAAUAGAAGAAUAAGGUAGGCAAUGGUUGCACCUGUAAACAAACUACAGACCAGCACAAACUCCGAGGAUGAUGAACCCUCUAGACCUUCCCACGUACAUCCACCGGCUUCCUCUACGCUGCACGGGUCAAGUAUAUUGCUGGAUGCCAACUCGACUAAGCGUAAGAGCGCAUUUCUACCAUAUCGUCCUCAAUCGACGGUCCUAACGAAUCUGCAGCGUGGUAACACUGAGGCUACAUUUUGUACUGUGGAGGUGUCGCUGUCUUUUCAUGAACGCGCCGGUCAAGGUGAAAUCACGGAAGAGCAGGUAAAGGCCGAGCUACAACGACAGCCACACGUAGAUUUCAAGGAUUCGCAUGGAUUUACACCUCUCCACUGGGCCGCGUCAUAUGGCCAAUUGGUGUCGGCGCAAUUGCUUGUUGCGGCAGGCGCAAAUGUGAAUAGCCUGGCGCCGGACAUGGUUACACCAUUGUUGCUUGCAGCCGCUGGUGGACACAAUGAAAUUGUGCGUUUCCUGUUAGACCGUGGUGCAAUCGCCACCCAAAUGGACAUUGUGGGCAAUACGGCACUUAUGUACGCGGCGGCAGGCAAUCAUCCACACACUUGCAAUGAGCUGCUGGCCAGGGAUCUGGACUUUAGUGCAACUAAUGAGAAUGGAGAGACAGCUUACGCGUUAGCCGUGGAGCAUGGUUCACAUCUGGCGCAGGCGUUGUUGGAGCAGUAUAUGACUGCCGUGCUAACGGCAGGUGCAUUUGGCAGCACUUAGAGAAAUAUACCCGAGAAUUAUAGAUUAGAUAGAUGUAAGAAUAUAAAAGAACUGAAUCA